GGACGAUUCCUAAUUUUAUUUUAUUAUAAUUUAUGAAAAAAUUUAAAAACCGCGCGAUUGGCAAACUAAUAGAGGAGCUCUUCAAGUAUCUAAUGCUUAAAUUUUUUAUAUUUUUAUAUAGGAAUAUUUGGACACGAUUAUCAAAUUACACUCGAAAACACAGAAAGAGUAAUGGAACGAUUAUAUGGAAAGGAAGAUUUUUGUGUGAAGAAAAUUUAUUCUAACUGUUCUAUCUUGCGUAACCAAAAAACAUUGUGGAAUAUGAAAAUAAAGCAAAAAUCUAAAAUGAACCUAAGAUAUCUCUACUAAUAUUUUAACUUCACCAGAAUUUUUAAAGCAAUAAAAUGAAUUGGGCUUCGAGCAAACAUAGUAUCAGUAAGAUACUAUUUUCUUAUAAUAACAAGAAGCAUAACUACUGCAAAGUUAAAAGUUUUCACAUGACGUUGUACCUUUUUUAUAAAAAUAACAAAAAUAUUUCAAAUAAUAAUAAAUCUGCAAGCAAUGAGUUUAAAUUUUUCUACUACUGGUUUUAAUUCUAAUCUCAACUAGAAGAGAACGAGUUCAGAAAGUUGCACAUACCUACUUGUCAAUAUUCAACUUGCACAUAAUUAUCUGAUGGCAAUAAAAUUAACAACACCCAAACAUCAGUAUUUAUCCAAUCGUUCAACAUGCACCUGCAUACAAAAUAGUUUUAUUUGUCACAAAGAUAUUAUAAAUCAGUAAUAUAAAUUGGUCUGAUAACACCACGUUUCACAAUCAACAAUUUUAUAAUCAUAGUUGGGAAGUAUCAAGUAAAUCAAAGUCAUUUCCAAUGACUUAUAUAACAUAAUACAAACAAAUUGGUUUUAUUUGUCACAAAAAUAUUGUAAAUCAGUUAUAUAAAUUUGUCUGAUGGCACCACAUUUAACAAUCAACAAUUAUAUAAUCAUAGUUAGGAAGUAUUAAGUAAAUAUAAGUCACCAAAUCUUAUGCCAAAUAAAAGAAUCAACAGAGACAUAAUAUAUACAUAAAUUCAGCAAAAAACGACAGCAGAUAAAAGUAUACAAAAUAUGCAUCAGCGUGUAAACAUCGAACGACAUCAUGGAUAUGGCUAUUGCUAUCAUGACUACAUUUAUUAUUAUACAAAUGGUAGUUAAUGGAAUAUUCCUACAAGUUGAAAAUUAUGUUAACAAUUAAAAAUUGACGUCUGAAUUCUGUAAUCAAUUCAAAUUACCUCGAUGCGUCGUGCAAAUGCCGAAUAAAUGGGAACAACUUUGACGCGAUUUACGACCACAUCAAAAUUUUUAGUGCUUUAUAGCACAGUUAUAUAAACUUUCGCACUUAUAAAAUAAUUCCAUACUAUAUUAAGGUUCGCUAAAAUUUCUUUUUCGUUAAAAUAGUUAAAAACAGAACUUCAGAGUUGUAGCGUUCCAAAAAUGUCUGCGAACGAUUAUUUACUACCUCAAGAGUAUUUUCGCAAAAUGUCUCAGGAAAGUGGAUUUCUAAUUGAAACGCAACAAUUUGCUGAAUAUCUUCAAAAUAUUGAUGAGUUAAAAUACAUUAGACAAGAAUUCCAUUAUCCCAAAAACAAAACACUGCACGGAGUCGAUUUAAACAUUAUUAAUGGUGAAGAUGAAUGCAUUUACUUAUGUGGAAAUUCUCUAGGACUUUGUCCGAAAAGCUUGAGAUCAAUAAUUGAUGAAGAAAUUACAAAAUGGCAAGAAUGUGGUGUACAAGGUCAUCACUAUGGGAAGAGACCAUGGGAGCAUAUCGAUGCUUUUGUUAUUGAUCAAACAGCAUCAUUGGUUGGCGCAAAACCUAUUGAAGUUGUUUCAAUGGAUUCAUUAACUACAAAUUUACACUUACUUAUGGUUCCAUUUUACAGACCAACAUUAUCAAGACAUAAAAUUUUGUUUGAAGAAGGUUGUUUUCCAUCAGAUCGUGCACUAAUUGAGUCUCAAAUAUGUUUCCAUGGUUAUGAUCCAAAGACAUCCAUGUUACAAGCAGCACCUCGAGAAGGUGAGUACUUGUUGCGAACAGAAGAUAUACUUCAACUUAUCCAUGAACAAGGUGAUUCCAUUGCAUUGAUAUUGUUUUCAGGUGUGCAGUAUAAAACAGGACAAUACUUUGAUUUGCAAGCUAUUACAGAAGCAGGACAUCACAAGGGAUGUAAAGUUGGUUUUGACUUGGCACAUGCUGUUGGAAAUGUAGAACUAAAGCUUCAUGAUUGGAAUGUUGAUUUUGCAGCAUGGUGCACAUACAAGUAUUUGAAUGCUGGCCCUGGGAGUAUUGGUGGUCUAUUUAUUCAUGAAAGAUAUGCUUAUGAAAAAGAUUUGAAAAGAUUUUCAGGAUGGUGGGGUGUAGAGUUCAAAGAGCGAUUUCAUAUGGAUAAUAAUAAUUUACCAUUAAUACCUGGAGCUCGAGGAUUUACACUUUCAAACCCAUGUGUUUUGGCAGUGGUUUCUCUCUUUUCCUCAUUAGAGAUAUUUCAUAAAGUUGGUACAGAGAAAAUAAUCAAAAAACAGAGGUUGUUAACAGGAUACCUAGAGUACUUGAUAAAGUAUAAAUUUGGCUCUGACAUAAAUAGCAGUUCUAACAAUUCUGGAAUAUUUAUUAGUAUUAUUACACCAGAAAAUUUAACAUCACGAGGUAGUCAGCUAUCAUUAGCAUUUUCUUGUAAUGGCACAGAAAUAUUUGCAGAACUAAAACGAAGAGGUGUUGUGUGUGAUUUUCGCCAACCAAAUGUUAUGCGUGUUGCACCUGCCCCUUUAUACAAUAGCUUUGUUGACGUUCACAAGUUCAUAAGUAUUCUUACCGAAGUUGUAACGCUCUUGAAAAAAUGACGAA